AUCGGAAUGGACUACGCGAGCGAAGCUGCGGUUUUACAUAUACAACUAUACCAAUUAGUACAGAACUUAUACAACGCAUGUACAUGGGGCGGUUUUAUCACUCGUAAGCGAUUUCUUCCAAGCAACCCAUUAUUUAUGAUAAAGAGAUAAAUCAAGUGGCAAUAAAAGACGAUUAUAACUAAUUAGGUUAAUUUAAAUUAUAAUUUUACAUAUAAAAAAUUAAGUUAAAUAAAUAAUAUAUUAAUAUGUAUAAAAUAUAAAUACAAUUAUUCUACCUUACUUAUUCACGCUAUUGAAACGUAAAUACAUAGAAAAUAAUGAAUAAUACAUAUGGUAGUCAUAAAUCAUCGUACAAUAGUAGGAAGUUAUUUUCAAUAAUAAACGACAAUAACUAAAUUUAGAUACCUAAAAGAUUCUCUAAACGUUAAUGGAAUGAAAAACGCAACACAAACAAAUAAUAGAUUUAAUUCUAUGUUCAUUUAAUACUUCUUACCUAAUUUACUAACAUUGCAGUUAAAUUAUUUACAACAACCAUUAAUAUAUGCUAAGUUCACUUAGAAAUAUGUUUAUUAAACAAAUGUUAAGCGAAUCUUAAAUCUUUUGCGUUUGCUUGACACACUUGUCUGUUAUGAAAUAGAACUGACACUGACAUACUUUCCAAUUUACUCCGAAUUAUUUUUUAAUCCGAACUAUUGAAGCGAAUUUAACUGAAAGCAUAGUGAUGUUUGAAAAGGUUCACGCUUAUUGGUAUUAGUAAAUACAAAUAUAGUAUUAUGUUAUCUGUGGUUAUAACAAGCUUUCUGCACAAUGUGUCUGUCCAUUACGCCAAUAACUGUGGAUUCAAACCCUUCUAUGAAACAAUAUGACAGUUUAUGUGCAGUGUACUUUUCUAGUCCCUAAUAAUAACAAUAUUUAUUCCAUAAUCAUACAGCAACCAACUGGGUUUUUACGAAAAUCUAACAGUUUAUAAAGAAAAAACAAUUUUAUGUACUCUUUUAAAACGAAAAUGCCUUUAAAAUAUUCAUAAUAUUACUAUAGAACAUUUUUUUUAAUUGUACAACAAUAGAAAAAAAUGAUAUUGCAUUUAUAGGAUAUCCUAUUAUAACAAUUAACGCAACGAAAUCCAUUUUUAUUCGAUAAUCGAUGUUAUGCAAGAGUUCAUAAUAGCGUUGGCCCGCAAAUAUGACGAUAGACAUUUUCCGUUUUGAAUUGCUCAAUGAAUUUAUUAUACUAGGUCGUUAAUAUGCACGUGCUUUUUCCUUUGUUUUAAUUAUAUAAUUGUGAUUUGAAUUUAUUUCAUGCCAAUUACUUUCAUUUAUUUUUUUGAGGUUUGAUAUACUGUGUUUUAUAUGGGUUCGAAACAACAACAAAUUUUAUCAUAAUGAAUUCAAAAUGCAUAUUAAAUGCACCGAAACGAGGGAGCGCGCCAUAAAGUUGUAUUAAUGAAAUAUGAGUGUCGAAGUCAAUAGAUAUAUUCAAUUUAACCAUAACAUGAAAUAAGUACUUAAUUUGAAACCACAAUCGUUAAACCAGAACGUGUUUAUUACAUUGUUGACCUGCUGUCGUCAUGAAUGGCUGGAUAUGGAACAUUAUGUAUUAAUUUUUCUACACUUGACAUACGAUAUCUCGAAGUGUCCAUAAUAAAUACGCAAAACGUACGUGCUCAUUGUUUAUUUGAUAAAAAAACUAACAAAGUAUGACGAACAAUUAUGCUCUCCUAUCAGUAAAUAGUCUAGUAUAUAAGCCACCUGUUUUGUAAUUAUUUCAAAACAGCGCAAUAUGGAGCACUAUCGGAUCGUCCUUUACGCUGUUCUAUUUAUUAUUUCCCAGUGCGAUGCCGGUGUCUGCAAUCGGAAAAAUACGGUUGUAGAAGUUAGAAUUCCACAACGCACUAAUGUAAACGUAAAAUAUCCACCUACGACAAAUCCGGUGCAAUUCGUGCCAAAUCCAUUCGGUUCUGGAAGAAAUCCUUUUGGAGAAUGCUUCACAUGCCAGAAAUCGGGCUGUAGUCGGUGUAAUAGAAAUGAAUACAAAACACCAACCUCUCUUCCUGGUUCUAGAACUAAUAUUAUUAUUGAUGUCACUGGCUCUAAAUCUAAACCAUCUACAGUACAAAUCACAAGACCUGGUACAGCAUCUCCCACUAAAAAGGGAACUCUAGUUGUUAUCCAAGGCUCAUCUUCUGCAACUAGUGACAGUAAGGCUGUAGCAAAUGGAACAGAUAACAGCGCAGCUGCAGCGGCAUCAACAUCAACCUCAAAUUCAGAAAUUGUUGCUGAUUUUGCAGAAGAGGAUACAGCUCCAGAUGGCAGUAAGAAGAAGACCGAAGAUAUAUUCGUUGCAGAUAACUCACAAUCAAAUUCAUCUGCGGUAGCCGCUGCAGCAUCCAAUGAUCCUAAAAAUGCACCAAGUGCUAAAGCUAGUGCUCCUCCAAAUGGAACACCUAAGGCUUCAGCUUCAGCAGGAAAACCGAAUAAAAGUUCUCCCAGCAGUCCUUCUUCAAGUAGUGAAGAAGAUGAUGACCAACCAAAAGACGAUAAACCAGACAAUCAAGAUGAUGAUGAUUCCUCAGAGCCUUCUCAACCAGACAAAGAAAAGAAAGACAAAGGCGCAAAGCCAUCUUCUGAUGAAGAACCAGCAUCCAGCGAAGAUCCAAAGAACUCCAGUGAAGAAGACUCCGAUAAACCAGAGAAAGAUACGAAGCCAAAAGAAUCUAAAAAGUCAGAUUUGGAUAAACCAGAUAAUGAUAAGGACUCGAAAGAUUCCAGUGAAGAAGAUCCUGAUAAAUCGGACACAGACGAAGAUAAGGAUAAGAAGGAUAAAAAGGAUGAUAAGGAUGAUAAUGAUGAUAAAAAAAGUGAAUAACUAAAAAUCCUUCUACUAUUAAGACCAAUACCACCAAAAGCAGAUGAAAAUGUAUAUAAAUCAAUUUAUAAUUUGUACAAUAAGUAAUUAAGAUGAUGCUUUGGUGUGAUAUUCCAUCAAUGUGACAUAGAUAAUAAUUAGAUAAAAGGCAAAAAGGUGUAAAUAAUUAUUAUUAUUUAUUUCUAUUUAUGAAAGCUGUAGUUUGUCGUACAAGAAGAAAUUAUUAAUUUGCAGCUUUUUUAAUAAAUAAAUACAAACAUAUACAUACUUUUUAAUUUGUGACAUAAGCAAAAAUAUUCAAUUUUCAGUUGCA